AUGGGGGAAAAGAAGGAAGAUCAAGUGGCGCCUGUGCGCGAGCCUAGCUUGGAACGAGGGGAUAUCAGUGCAGAGAAGCAGAUGCAAGAUAUCGGUGCGGAUUUGUAUCUCGAAGUUCGGCAGUAUUCGCGGGAGGAGUUGGAGGCAGAGAGGAAGGUUGUGCUGAGGAAGAUUGAUUGGGUUAUUAUGCCCAUGAUUUGCAUGACAUACAUGAUACAAUUCCUCGACAAACUCAGCCUCAACUACGCAAACGCCUACACUCUAACCCCGGACCUUGGACUCCACGGAAACCGCUACAGCUGGGUGGCUGCAAUCUUCAAUUUCGGAUACCUGUUCUGGGCGCUCCCUUCAAACUACCUCAUCCAGCGGCUCCCAGUCUCAAAAUAUACAGGGUCGAUGAUCUUGAUAUGGUCACUGCUACUAUGCUGCCAUGUCGCGGCGAAAAACUACGCGGGGAUGCUGGCCCUACGCUUCUUGCUGGGUAUGUUUGAAGCUUCGAUAAGUCCGGCCAUUAUGAACAUAGUCAGUAUGUUCUACACGCGGGCGGAGCAACCGCUCCGCAUGUGUAUUUUCCUCGCCUUCAACGGUAUAGCGACUAUGGUCGGCGCGCUACUCGGCUACGGGCUCGGACAUGCACACUCGCCGCAUAUCAAAACCUGGCAGCUCAUUUUCCUCGUUAUUGGGCUGAUGAAUUUCGUCUGGUCUUUUGUUUUCCUAACUGUCAUGCCGGAUAGUCCUGCCACAGCGAAGUUUCUGACGCAUAAAGAGAGGAUUGUGGCGAUUGAUCGUGUAGCGGGGAAUAUGAUUGGGGUUAAGACGAAGAAGUUUCAUGCGAAGCAGGCGGUGGAGGCCGUGUUUGAUUUCAAGGUUUUGUGUAUUGCGCUGAUUGGGUUGGGGUGCGGUGUUAUUAAUGGCGGAGUGUCGAAUUUCUCGUCGUCGCUCCUGAAGGGGUUUGGGUUCAGUGGUAUUUAUGCUACUCUGCUGCAACUUCCCACGGGUGCUAUCGAGUUCGUUAUCGUACCCUUGUGUGGGCUGGCGGCGGGCUACUUUAGGAACACGCGGUGUCUUAUCCUGGCUAUUGUGUGUCUGCCGCCGCUGGGAGGACUCCUGGGUAUUCGACUUACGCCGCUAUCUCAGCGAUGGAGCCUCGUUGGAUGCACGUGGUUGCAGUACCUUAUUGGUGCUCCCGUCAUUCUCUCGUGGAAUCUGCUCACGACGAAUAUUGCGGGCCACACGAAGCGUAGUACGGCCAAUGGAAUGUGGUUUGUAUUUUACGCCGCGGGGAAUAUCGCUGGGGCGAACCUCUUUCUUGCGAGAGAGGCACCGAGGUACUUUUCAGCCCUUACCGGUCUGAUUGUGUGUUAUUGCGCCAUGAUAAUUGUGGCAGGCGUGCUGGCCGUGUGGAUGACUUGGCAGAACAAGAAGAAGGAUCGCCUAUGGGGGACUGGCGAGGAUGAACAGGCGGUUAUAGAUGGGUUCAGUGAUUUGACGGAUAUCCAGGCGAAGCAUUUCAGGUAUGCGAUUUAG